AUGACGACAGCUAGAGGCUCAGCUCUCCUUCUUUCCUCCUUUCUAGUACUGCUUCUAUCCUUUGCCGAAUCCUUGGCCAUGUCCAAAAAGGUGGUCUUCAUCAGCGGUGCUGGUGGUCAAACUGGACAAUCCCUUUUUCGCCAAUGCUUGGAGGAACCAGAUUAUCAAGCUAUUGGAAUCGUGAGAAGCGAGACCUCCAAGCAAGCCUUGUUGGAUGCUGGUGGGAUUCCAGAUCCUUCCUGCAUUCAAGUCGCCGAUGUGACCGACAGAGAAGCCAUCCAAAAGGUUGUCGAUCAAUAUAGUGACAACGUGGCUGCCUUUUGCAUUUGCACUUCGGCGAAGCCUGCUCCAACAGGAGAAACGAACGAAGAAACUGGUCGACCCGUCUUUGGAUUUCCCAAUGGGGAUCCUGAAGUUGUCGAUUGGGAGGGACAAAAGAAUCAAAUAGAUGCUUGUCCGGAUGGAACUCAUGUGGUAGUGUGUUCCACCAUGGGAGGGACCGAUCCAAACCAUCCACUUAACAAUUUGGGACGUAUCCAGAAUGAAGAUGGUAGCUUCUCUGGAGGCAACAUUGUCAAGUGGAAGCGCAAGACCGAAGUCUAUCUCAUGGAACAAGAAAGGUUGGUCUACACCAUUGUCCAUCCAGGAGGUUUGGUCAAUGAACCUCGCGGAGAACGAAGAUUAGUAGCGGGAGUUGACGACGAUGGCACCACCGGAACCGACUCUCGCACUGUUCCGCGCGAGGACGUUGCUCGUGUCAUGUUGGAGGCAGUCAAGAAUCGAGAUGCUUAUGUUGGCCGUUCGUUUGAUUUGCGGGCUGCUCCCAAAGAGGACGACGGCGAGAAGGUAGAUACAGACUUUUCUGCUUUGUUGGAUUCUUUGGAAGGAAAGAACUGUGAUUAUAGUUUGGGAGCAAUAAUGUAA